AUGGCCUUGGGUCGAAACAUGAAGCGCCUGCGUCACUGCUCCAAUCUAGCCAGUGCGUUGUCCGAUGACUUUUGGGACUUUGUGAAGAACUUGCUUGGAACAUGGUCUCAGCUUGCCGAGGCCUUUGCAAGGCAAGCUCUGCUCAUUGAUUGUUCUGACAAGCGCCUCACUCUGCUUUUCCAGAGCCUUGAUCAUGCAAGUGCCGCCAUUGUGUACACGCUCUUAUCUUUGGACAAGCAUUUGGAUGAUGCUGCGGGAAAGCCAGAAGGUGCUGGAAAGGGAGGGCAGCAUGCCAUGGAGUACUUGCGCAGACUGCAAGCUUGCGAGGAAUCCUUCGCCUGUAAACUCUUUCCAAAUGCGCAAAUGCAAUUCCCACGCGUGGUCUUGGAGUACAAGCACCAGUUCCAACUGUUGAAGACGACUGAUCUGGCUGAGAAGUAUAAUAAAGACAUGUGGGGCCCUGACAAGACUUCCUACUGGGUGACGGGUGCUUUGGCUUUUGUGCCAGAGCAUCGGCUGUCACAGGAUCGCAAGUUCCUUGCGCAAGACUACAUGAGUCGGAUCCCUAAGUUGGGCGAAGAGAAAUUCAAGAGAGUGAAGUGGGACUCUGUUGUAUUGGUAGAGCUCGACUGGCUUGCAGCUGCUGCAGAAGGGCUCAGACGGUAG